AUGCUGAAUCGGUCUUUUCCUGUGAUUUCAUUCUUCGUGCUGGGAGGGUACGAGGAGGUGGGGACUCUGCGGUAUUUCUUCUUCUUGGCGGCUGUCACGUUCUACACUGUGAUUGUCAUCUCCAACCUGCUGCUGAUCCUGGUGAUCUGUGUGAACAGAACCCUUCAUGAACCCAUGUACCUGUUCCUGCUCAGCCUGUUUGUCAACGAGCUGUACGGCAGCAGCGGCCUGUUCCCGCUGCUCCUGGUCCAGGUCCUGUCGGACUCUCACACCGUGUCGGCGCCGCUCUGCUUCCUGCAGAUCUUCGUCAUCUACUCUUACGCUAACAUGGAGUUCCUGAACCUGGCCGUCAUGUCGUACGACCGCUACCUGGCCAUCUGCCGCCCGCUGCGGUACGGCCGCUUGAUGACGCCGGACAAGGUGCUGGCCUUCGUUCUGUCCUGCUGGUUGUACUCUGUCCUCAGGUGUGUGGUCACCAUCAGCCUGAACCUCCGCCUGCCGCUGUGUGGAAACGUCCUGAACAGCCUGUACUGUCAGAACUUCCUGAUCGUGAGGCUGACGUGUUCCGACAGCCGGGUCAACAACGUCCUUGGCCUGAUCGGCAUCGUGCUGUCCGUCGGGCUCCCGCUGCUCGCCAUCGUCAUCUCCUACGCCGAGAUCCUGAAGGUGUGUUUCGGCGGCUCGGAGCAGAUGAGGCAGAAGGCGCUGAGCACCUGCACGCCUCACCUGGUGUCGCUGCUCAACUUCUCCUUCGGCUGCUGCUUCGAGAUCCUGCAGAGCCGCUUCGACAUGAGCCACGUCCCUGGCUCGCUGCGCGUCCUGCUGUCGCUCUACUUCCUGCUCAUGCAGCCGCUGCUGACGCCCGUCCUCUACGGCAUGCAGAUGUCCAAAAUACGCAAGAUCUGUAAGAAUACCUUUCAGAUCAAAGUGUGGAAGUGA